UAUGUUUUGAGAUUGCAUUGUUCAACAUGCCGGAUGAGGAUCAGGACGGCGCCGCAAAGAAGCGUGCGCGGGGUGAAGAGGAAGAGUUGGGCGAUGGUGGCUCUGCUGAUGCAGGACCAGCCAAGAAAGCCAGGACAGAGGAGGAUGCCGCAGGAGAAGAUCAGGACGGCGCCGCAAAGAAACCUCAACGGGAUGAAAAGGAAGAGCAGGCUGAUGGAGGCUCUAGUGACGCAGGACCUUCCAAGAAAGCCAGGACAGAGAAUGCUGCAGGUGCAGAGGUAGGAGAUGCAGCAACGAACAGAGGCCCUUCAAUACCCACUGAUGCUGCAGAUGCGACUGAAGCUGGACCUACAGAAGCAGCAGAGACUGGCGCUGGUGAUGUUAAGGUAGCAAACGAGGAAGAGAAUUUGUCUGCAGAUGAGCCAAAGAAGAUUGGGUACAAGCUGUUCAAGGAUGGCAAGGAGGCAGCCACCUACUUCCGCACCCUGCUGAAUGCUCUGACGCAGAGGCAGCCUCUGAAUGAGUAUGAAUUCCACAUGGUGCUGGAGCUGCUCAAGAAUGGUCACCCAGAGCCUGAGAAGAAGAUGGGGAGUGGAGUUAAGGCCAUAAUAGUCCGCAAGCACCAGACUGAGGACAGCAACUGCUUCUUCCUACUUCGCACGGACGGCUCCAUGGACGACUUCUCUGUCUUCAAGUGCAUCAACCGCCUCUUCCCCGCCUUCGGCAAGGGGAGGGGAUCCAUGGAUGUGUGCAACGCUGGUGGCAGUGCUUGUGCGAUGUUCUUUAAACGGUCAUGCAUGUUAUGCAGUCUGGGGAGAACAGCGGGGGCACGCGUGGACGAGGUCGGGGCCGGGGCCGGGGCGGACGAGGGCGUGGCCGCGGGCAGAGCCGAGGGCAAGGCGGGCCUGGCGGCAGGGAAGGCAGGAGGGGCGGACGCAGGGGAUGAAUUUGAUAGCCUGAUGCUUGUGAUUGGCAGUGUUUUCCUUAUUAUCUAUGGAUGUAGCGAGUGGGAUGAGCUGAAGUGUGGGUGCUCUGAAGUUAGAGUCCUGGCCAGCGAUGUGUCGUCCUGCAUGGCAUGAGUUGCAUGUCCACAAAUGCGUGAGCCAAAUUCAUAAAGGUGCCAGUCUAGGGACCACAUUUUCUAUCGCAGAGAGUAUCAAACUCCCCAGUGCACCUCUUGAAGGCGCGAUAGAACUUCCAAUUGGGGGCAUUUUUAAAUGGAUAGCGAUGCUUUGAGAGCCUCUGUUCUCUGAUGUUCAGGAUAAGGAUGCCUUCAGUCCUGUAGUACGUUUCAUUUGAAAAUACAUUGCUCUGCAUGAUUCGAUAGUGCCUCAACAGAGACCCAGGGAUGGCAGCGGGCAUUUUUCAUCGCCGUAUGUGGCAACCUCAGGGGUUAUUGAUCUGCCCAGUACUUUUGGCGGUUGAUAUGGGUGUAUGUCUUGGGCGAGUUCUCUGUCUUGCUAGAACCGCGUCCCAGCACCCAGAGACAUGAGCCCAAUCCCAGAUGGGAUCGCCCUGUUACUUGGUAAGAAUUGAAACGAAUGCAGACGAA